AUGAUUCUUCCGUUAUUACCGUUAUUGUUUUAUAAAGGUGGCGGCGUAGCCGGCUGCAACAUUUUAUAUCAGCUGUCAAAAAGAGGCGUCAGCGCAGUUCUGUUGGAGCGGGCUAAAAUUACAAGCGGGACAACAUGGCACACAGCUGGUACGGAUAAUGUUAUACACGCAGGCUUAGUGUGGUCAUUACGACCAAGUGACUUGGAGAUUAAACUGUUGCGGGAUUCGAGGGCCAUUUAUAAGGGCCUCGAAGAAGAAACAGGGGAGUAUGCCGGCUGGAUCAAUAACGGGGGGCUCUUUAUCUCCAGAAGUAAGACUCGUACGGAGGAGUACCUUCGUUUACACACGCUGGGUAAGGCUUUCGGUAUCAACAGCGAAGUACUAGCCCCGAAAGAUGCACAGAAGCUGUUUCCACUUCUAGACCCAUCAGUAUUUGAAAUGGCCCUCUACUCCCAUGAAGAUGGAGUCGUAGACCCAACCAUGGUGUGUAACGCACUUUUGAAAGCUGCCAAGUCGAACGGAGGAAAAGUGUACGAAGAAUGUCCAGUCCACGAUAUCUAUUAUAAGCACAAUAUGCUGGGAAAUAAAGAAGUGACAGGCGUACACACAGAAAAAGGAUUUAUUAAAACCAAAUGCGUCGUGAACUCUGGGGGUGCCUGGGGCGCAAGAAUAGCAAGAUUCGCUGGCAUACCAGCGCUGCCGCUAGUACCCUUCAAGCAUGCAUACGUGGUGACUGAUGGUAUUCCAGAGAUCAGGAACGCCCCGAAUAUACGGGACCACGAUGUUAAUCUAUAUAUCAAGAUUCAAGGCGAGACUUGUCAAAUUGGUGGUUACGAAAGUAAUCCAUUGAUUUUGGAUCAACUUCCCGACAACCUCCAAUUCCACCUUUACGACUUGAACUGGGAUAUUUUCAAUGUCCACAUGGAGAGCGCCGCGUCCCUUUGUCCAAAACUCGCUGACGUUGGUAUCAAGAGUACUGUGUGCGGACCGGAAUCUUUUACUCCAGACCACAAACCUAUUCUGGGAGAAGACCCUAACGUCUUUGGCUUGUAUCACAACUGCGGUUACAACUCAGCUGGAAUGAUGUUUUCUGCUGGUUGUGCUGUGCAAUUAGCGGAAUGGAUUGUUAAAGGAAGACCAAAUUACAACAUGUUUUCUUUCGACAUUCGACGAUUCACGCCAGCCCAAAUGUCGAGGGUGCAUUGGGCGCGGGAGAGUAGCUUCGAAGCCUACAUCAAGAACUACUCCAUAGUGUUCCCGAACGACGAACCACUUGCAGGCCGUGACUCAAGUCAUGACGCGUUGCACCAAGAGCUGGUGGAAGAUGGCGCUAUAAUGCAGAUGAGAGCUGGUUGGGAGCGACCGGCUUUCUUCUUGCCAGGAGAAAAGAUAAGAAUUCAGCAGUAUGAUUGGGGUGGUGCACACGGCUUCCCAAGAAACUUGGACGAGAGAUAUGAAGACAUCUUAAAGGGCGAAUAUUCAUUUGGUUUCUCCAAGUACCAUGAUAUUAUUGGCAAAGAGGCUCUGGCGUGUAGGAAGGCAGCGGCGCUUUUCAAUUUGUCUUACUACGGGAAAUUUUAUUUGACCGGCCCAGAUGCAAGACGCACAGCUGAUUUAGCAUUUACAGCUAAUCUUAACAAGAAUGAAAAUGGUGUAGUGUAUUCGUUGCUAUUGAAUGAAAAAGGCGGCGUGGAAGCAGAUCUUACUGUCUGUAAGAUAGAUGGAGGAAGCGGUCAAUUACACGAACCUAUUUUUAAAGGCCUAGGAUACUACGUUGUAACAAGUGGCUUUAGCGCUAAUCACACUCUUGCGCAUUUGCGUCGGAUCAUACAGAAGCAUAAACUACGAGCAACUAUCACAGAUGUUAGCAAACAAAUAUGUGUAUUGGCUAUUCAAGGUCCUGACAGUCAACGUAUCCUCCAACGAUACACAAAUGCCGGAUUAUCAAACGACGCGUUCCCAAUAAACACCCACCGCAGUCUUCACGUAACGAAAGCGCCUUAUUCCCCAGAGAAUAAGAGCUACACUUGCAGAGCAUUACGUGUGGCCUGGUCUGGUGAAUUGGGUUGGGAGCUACAUAUUCCCUCGUCUAGCGCAAUACCAGUGUAUAGGGCGUUGAAAACUGCAUCUGGACUUACAAAUGCUGGUUGGAGGGCACUCACUUCUCUUAGUAUUGAAAAAGGAUAUCACUUAUGGAACUCGGAUCUAAGGACUGAUGAUAAUCCAGUGGAGGCGAACCUCUCUUUUGCGUGUCGCAAAGAUGGAGACUACAUUGGUAAUGAUGUAGUUACUAAAGUAAAAUCUAAAGGUGUCACUAAGAAAUACGCUUACUUCACAUUGGAAGACAAGGUAGCAAUUUUUGGUCAGGAAGCAAUUUACAGAAAUGGAGAGGUCGUGGGAUACUUGAGAAGAGGAGAUUACGCGUUUUAUUUAGACAAACCAGUUGGAAUUGGCUACGUCACGAAUAAUGGCAAAAUAGUGACACCCGAGUACCUAAAAGAGGGUAACUACGAAAUAGAAGUCAUGGGGACACGGUACAAGGCCAACUUCCACCCCAAGUCUCCAUUCGAUCCCACAGGACAGAGAUUAUUAGGUAAUUACGGUGAUUUGGAUGAAAACAUCUAUGAACCACACGCAGGACAAAACGAAAAGGCCGGUGGUGUGGAAUAG